AUGCGCGAAAUGAAACCUCUUAUUCUGCCCAAGCUCGUCGCAGCGCGCAAGUCGUCCAAGUCCUCUCUCGACAUGACCUCUGACCCAGCUUCGUCCAUCUAUUCUUGCGCUGAUUCCGGCUUCUACUCGGUAUCAGAAUGCUCAACACCGCCGACGCCAAGUUUUUCCUCCCGAGGCCACCUCAGAUACCCCAGUUCGACCUCGUCACUAUCGUCAAGUCCACCCAACCACGACCCCAUCGAGGUUCCCAAUGGCUCUGGCAAGCUGCCAAAGCUGACUGAGGAGCCGAUUGAGCGUGAGGAUGACUAUGUCACGACGGUUUCCUACCGCUGCUCCUGCGAUGUCGAAGUCUGUGUGCACUCUCGACCACCAACUCGACGCUCUGUAUUCGGGCAAGCGUACAACUUCGCAGAAGACUACUUUGGCAAUGAUUCAGGGCCACAUAUGUCUAAGAGGCGGCGAUCUGCAGAAUCAACGGCCAACAGCAUUACCAGCAAGCUUGGGAGCAGGUUCCCUUCUUUCCGACGAAAUUUGCGAGAUCGCAAGACGACCUCAACCUUCGGCAGGACCUCCCGAAGUGCCACCCCAUCACGAGUAUCGUCGACCCGGUCGUCGUCGAUCACUAGCUCUAUUCAUCAAGGGUACGAUCUCUGCGAGAAACUUCCUCCCACCCCAGCCCGGAGUAGCAAGGAACGUCUGGAUGAAUCUUUCGUUUCAUCGCCAAUUGACAUCGCCAAGGCGAAAUCGCUCGAUGUGGACGCUGAGCAAGCAGAGUCUGAGCGAUUUGUCACCACUCCUCUACUUCCACCUUUGCUCGUCAAGUCACGACUAAGUGACCACCCAACCCAAUCCCCUCUUCAAUCUCCCAAAGUGGCCGAUGCCACUCAUUCUAUGGUCGCUACACCCAUUGGUACUCCUCCAGUCCUUGGUUAUCCCACUCCGCCUCUUUCUUCCAAACCGUCCAUCUCAUCCUUCAAGACAUCACGGCCUGGGCACCUAGUGCCUUCAUCAGACAUUCCGCCAAUCAUGCUUACCGAUCCGAAUGACAAGUGGGCCAUUAAGCUAGGCCACGCAAACUUUACCAUUCAGCCGGAGCCCUAUGUCCCCGACGUUUGUGACAUUGCUUCUUUACGACAACUGUUUGCCGAUUGGGAGCAAGCGCGCUGCAACUUUACCAAACACCAAGUACGAACGGGAGAGCACUUUGGUGUCACUUCCAAAACCUACCUGCUCACUGAGAAGAAGUGGGACGAGGUCGAUGCGUUGUGGAAGAGGAACAAUGAUCUCGCUCUCUCACGCGCCGUAGCGAUGGGUGAAGAACCGGAACCAUCGUCGCCUUUGGAACCCGCUCCACUCAGUAAGAUGCCGACUCUCAACGACCCAAGAAGCGAGGGAAAGUUCCCAAAGCUAGGAGAUGAGGACAUUGUCGGACCGAUGGUUCAGAUCGCAUCACAAGUCCAGAAGCAACCUCCUCGAAAACGCGCCUUUUUCAAAUUUUUCAGCGACAUGAGGUUACCGGGUUCAUUCUUUGGACGAUCGUCGGCUGGGCUUCGGUUCACUCGAUGA